GAAGUUCGAGCAACUGAGCGAAGGGAGAGCAAAAUGGCGGAACUCGAAGAUGUUACGCUAGAUGGGAAACCACUUCAUUCGCUCCGUGUGGCGGAUUUAAAAUUAGCUCUGGAGCAGCGAGGACUUGCUAAAAGCGGAGCGAAAAAUGCACUUAUCAAACGAUUAAAAGGGGCUCUCAUGUUGGAAAACCUACAAAGAACCUCCACCCCUCACAUCGGUCUCCAACCCAACUCUCAGAUUGGGGAGGAGAUGAGCCAGAACAGCUUUAUAAAGCAGUACUUGGCUAAGCAACAGGAGCUCCUCAGGCAGAGACUGGAAAGGGAGGCGCGGGAGGCAGAUGAGGCUGAGACGGACAGCCCAGCGGGCCCAGACGAGGACGACCAUACAGGGGCCAAUGACGACACUUCCCAUCUUGCUGACAAGCAUCGUCACAUGCCUUCUCAUGCCUCUUUCCCCCGGGCAGAGGAGAGGGCUGCGACUCUAAUGGAAGAUCAGGGAAUGACCGGCGCUGGAAGAACAGACCUGGGUCCCGGGCCUCGCCCCCAGGACGCCCCCGGCGGUCCCGCGGGAAGAAUAUGGCGUCCCUCCUUCUUGUCAAGCCACGAGGAGCCAGCGACUCCCUCCCCUCCCCGGGCGGUGGCGUCUCUGUCCGUGCGCGUCGUUGGUCAACCCGAGCACCAGGCUUUGCCGCUUCACGUGCCCCGCCCUCAAGAAAAGGAAGGGGCCGCGCCCGCGGAGCCGGGGUCCGCGCACUCCGCGAUGCAACUCAGUCGUUCGGCCAGGGCAGCGGGCCACGCCCACGAGGAGAGCGACGAUGACGACGACGAUGAUGAUGACGACGAUGACGACAGCGAUGAAGACGAAUGGGGUCCUUCCUCCCAGAAGAAGAAGAGCGGAGGACGCGCUUUCCCGCCGCAGCACCAGCCGGCCCCCGCGGCGCCGGCGGGCCGCGAGCGUUCGCGCCGCAAGCUUCUGCCGCCGCAACACAUCCCGCCUCAGCCCUUACCCCAACCACCCAUGCAGCUGCGCCAACCCACCCCGCCCCCCUCGCCACCUCCAGAGCUCUCUUUUCCCCUUCCGGACACCCCCAAGCAGAGCCCCCCAGAUUCGGACGACGGUGCCAGGAUGGGAGAGCCCGCCAGGGGCGCCUCACCUCCGGCCCUUCAGAGGCAGGAUUCCAGCUCCAGUUCCCGAUCCAGCAGCCCUGACCCACCUUCCCAGCGCAGGCCGGGACCUCUCUCCCUCCUGGCCCGUAAGAUGGAGUCGGAGGGGGCUUUCGACGGGGAGCGCAAGAGUGCAGAAGGAGAGCCCUCAGCGGAAAGCGGCAGAAAGGAGAGCGGAGAGGGGGCUCCGUUCGGACCGGGAGUCUUGAUGUUUUCCAAAGGAGCGAUUGCCCAUGCCAGCGCUGGGGGUGUGUUAUCCCCCAACCAACAAAGGAUCAUGCCCCAAUCAGGAGUUACAGCCCUGCCUGCUAAGAGCUUGAAGGAUGAUGUCCAGGAGCCUACAGUGGAAGUGGUUGGCGCGGUAGUCAAAGAUUCUGAGAUGAAGCAGGAGGAGAAGAAGCCUCAGUCAAGCACAGAAGCAGAAGGAAUGGAAAAAACACUCAAGGAGAAAGAGAAAGAAAGGGAGUCCGAGAGGGCGACUCCCUUUUCACCGUGGAAACGCGGCCGCGACGUCACCUCACCGCUCGGCUCUGCUCCGUCUGGACCAGGUGAGUCCUUGGGCCAGAGCCCCGCCCCUUUCGACCUCUCGUCAACUGCUACCUCUCCCCCUGCUGUUGCUAAGCGACCGAGGAUCUUUUCCGAAGUUCCCCCACCCAGCUCUCUCUUAUCGACCUCCAAACCCGAGGAGGGGCCCGCGGCCGCCCCGCCCUCCAAAUCCGCGCUCGUCUCCGGACCCCAGCGCUCCGACGAGGUCCCCAUGGAAACGGAGGCGUCCGUGGAGGUUCCCAAACCAGCGGGAAAAGAAGAGGACAAAGAGCUGAAGUCCGAUCGAAAACAGGCAUCUGCUGAGGCAGCUAAGGGAGACGGAGAGGCGGAAGGAGCCCCUUCUAUGCUGCCACCAUCACCUCCACCAGAAGAGGGAGACACAGAGAGAGCCCAACAGAGAGGUAGAGAGCGCAAGCAACGCUCAUCCCCCUCCAGUGAGUCUUCGUCCUCUGAUUCGGAAUCCUCCUCAUCUUCGCGCUCCUCGGGGUCUUCCCCUGCACAGAAAAAAUCCAGGCCUUCCAGUCAAAAGAAGCAGGGAGAAGAGGAGCUAAAAAGAAGACUAACUGAUAAAGGAGAUGAGAGGGAACAGCCUCGCAGGGAGGUGAAGCAGGCUGCUCUCCCCGAGUCCGUGGGCUCCGCUGCCAUGGAGCUGGAGGAGCGCUCCGGAUCUGAGAGCGCAACAAGUCGUCCCACCUCCCAGGAGGCGCUGGAGAACAGCGAGGCCCCACCCGACGAGAGCUCCACACCCAAAGGCAUGACCGCCCGCAAGAUCUCCCUGACGACCUCUAAGACAGAGGGUGUCGCUUCAGAGGCGGAGUCUGGAGGCGGGGCUAGUCGGAAGAGGAGGUGGGGUUCCAGCACCGCGGUCACUGCCAAGAAACCGUCAAUCAGCAUCACUACGGAAUCGCUAAAGUCUCUCAUCCCUGACAUCAAGCCCCUGCCGGGACUGGACGCCGUGGUGGAGCUGCACCCGGAGGAAGGACGUCUCUCUGGAGACGAGGAUGCGGCGGAACAGGCGGACGGAGAAGACCAGGACCUGGACAAAAGCCUGAGCAUCAGACGAACCGUCACACAGGUCGUCCCCGCAGACGGGCAGGAGAACGGACAGAAAGAGGAGGAAGAGGAGGGCGAGGAGGAGGAGGAGGAGCGGAGAGAUGGAGAGAGAGACAAACCACACAAAAAGGAGAAAAGACAUGGCUCUACAGAGGAACCCAUGGACACACAGUCCUCCCAUGAUGCAGAGAAAGGUGCCCCCGGUGACUCUGUGUUCCGGCGCUCCAUCAGUCAGCAGAAAUCGGGAGUCUCCAUCACCAUUGACGACCCCGUCCGGGCCGCCAAGCAGCCAUCUCCACCCCGCAGCAAAGCCUCCAACAUCAUCCACAUCCGCAACCUGGUUCGGCCCUUCACCCUGGGGCAGCUGAAAGAGCUGCUGAAUCGGACCGGUACCGUGCUGGAGGAGGGCUUCUGGAUCGACAAGAUCAAGUCCCACUGUUUUGUCACCUACUCCACCACUGAUGAGGCAGUGGCCACACGCACUGCCUUGCAUGGGGUGAAGUGGCCCUCCAGUAACCCCAAAGUGCUCAGUGUGGAGUUCAGCCAACAGGACGAGUUGGACUUCCAUAAAGGUCUCCUUAAAGGUGAGAGAGUUGAGGAGAACCGUGAGCCUCGGGCCACGGGACCCCAGGCCCGUCCCAGCGGGCCGCCUCCGCUGAUGCCCGAGCAGAAAGAACGGGAGCGGGAACGGGAGCGAGAGCGAGGCCAGGGGGGCGUGCGGGACCAGUGGGCCGAGCGGGAGAGAGAGAUGGCCAGGCGGGAACGCACCAGAUCCGAACGGGAAUGGGACCGGGACAAGAUCAAGGAGUUCAGCCGACCGGGAGAGGACGGAGCAUCCAGACGAUCGCAGUCGAGGGACCGCGACCGGCGACGCCGAGAGAGGGGGAAGAGUAAAGAGAGAAAAACCGAGAAGAAAGAAGAGCCUCCUGCCAAACUGCUGGAUGACCUGUUCAGGAAGACGAAAGCUGCUCCCUGUAUAUACUGGCUCCCUCUCACUGAAGAGCAGGCUGCUCAGAGGACGCUGGAACGCGCAGAACGGAUGAAGGAGAGGGAGAGAAAGAGGAAGGAGAUGCAGGAGGAGGAGGAGAAAAAGCGAGAGGAGGAGAGAAAAGAGAGGGCCAAGGGCCGAGAGAAAGAGGGAGCGGCCGCGGCCGGCAGGACGGCCGAGGGAGAAAGGGACAGAGAGCGCGACAGGGAGAAAGAGAGAGAGAGGGAGAGGGAACGAGAGAGAGGCCGGGAGAGGGAGGCGGAUAAGAGGAGGGACGGGAACAGGAGCCGCGGGGGAGAGUCCAAGCCCGCCGGGGGCAGCCGACGUUCCAGGAGCCGUAGCAACCCCUCCAGAGAUAGACGCCGUUGAGUGAGUGUGUGUGUGUGUGCGUGGGUGCGUGUGUGUGUGUGUGCGUGUGCACGAGGCAGCGAGGCGCGCCAUCUUUGCGUACUGAGCCUUGUUGGAUGACGAAGAACUUCAUCCUGAAAUCUGUUUCCUAAACUCUCUCUCCCGUUUUUCCUCGAAACACAUGCCCGCACUUCCUACGUUUUGUUUUUUUUUGUUUUUUGUUUUUUCAUCGACUGGUGCUCUGACGCGUUCUGAGAGUGUUAGUGGUGGCCGUCGGUUUCUCUGCUGUUAACCAUCCCUGGCUCAGGGACAAUCAUCAAACACGCAGUUCCAUUCUGGAAUCUUCCUGCUGUUCUAGAGUGUUUAGUCUGAAGAACUAAGUGUUGGAGACUCCCCCUUUCUAGAUUUUUUUAAAAGAGCAUAAAUUGGUUUAGUUUCUAUGUGUGUGUGUGUAUGUGUGUUAGAGAGAGAGAAAGAAGGACCCUCCCCACUUAGUGAAAUAUACAAUUUUUAUAAACAGUCAGUUGUCACAGCUUUGGCCAGCUAGGGCAGACCGUAGGGAAACAGGACCGCAGUUGGUCAUUUGAUUGUCGGCGCCAGUUCUGGUUCCCAGCCUAGUGGUCGCAUCCAGGAGGAAAAUCUCACAUGGCUUUUUCUUCACAUUUUAUGUUCCUUGGAUCAGGACAUGUAAACAGAACAAAGCGCUCAGCAACAUAGAGUCAUACCUCUUCAGAAAACGUAGAUUUGUUCUCUCUCUCUCUCUCUCUCUCUCUUUUCCAUCCCUCGCUCCUUUUUUUCUUCUCAGUGUGUCUCUCUUUGUCUGUUUGACUGUUAGGUCUCAGUUGCAGGUCAUAUUGUCCCCCAUAGGUUAUUUCUCUCUAAAUCAGACAAUUGAUGAAUUUAACAUUUAUAGAA